UUCGUGUUUCACCACGACGCAUAUCCACUCCUCGGCUAAACAUCCUGCACCCAACCAGGGGCCGCACUAAAAAUCGGUGCGCUGGUUGUCCCCCUUACGCGCGCCAAAACAAUUCUACAUCCAUACAUCUGGGAAUUACUGUAUUUGUAUAAAAGUUAUCGUUUCCUCAGAUUCUUGGUAGCCCCAACUAGACAUUCCUUUAUUGAGACCUUUGCAAGACCGGUUAUAGCGUAGCACACAUUCCUUAUCGGGCCACCCCAACUACCUACAUUCCUUUAUCCUUUCCUACUACUUACACUCUUUAUCCGCCCUUCUUCGCAUCUAUAACACGGUCUUCCUCGUCCACCCGUCUCGUCACAGCCAAUCCUACUAUCAACUCAGCUCCCAGUCAAUCCGAUUAUACCCCCACCAUGAUUGACUACGAAUCACUCCUCGAGUUCGAAGAAUCCCUUCGCUCCUCCUCCCUCACAGGCAGUCUCAUUCUCUUGAACAACUUGGAGCUCAAGAUCGAAUGUGCCCGUCUGGCGUCCUUGUCGGACGACGUCUGCCUCAGCGCCUUGCCCGAGUUCACCAACGAGGACAUGGACCAGCUCUACUCCAACUACCGUAUCUCCGAUGACGAAUUCAACACAUGCUCCAAAUGCGGACGCUCGUUGGAGCUGGAAGAAUUGUACCAGUCUUGCUGCAAGGCCUUUGUCAAAAACAGCUCCUCCAUAUCCUCCAAAUUGGAGGCCUCCUUCUGGUUGGCCUUCAUCAACAACCCUACCAGAACCAUCAACACCUUGCCUCACUACACCGAAUUCUUGUGUUUACAGCAAGGGGUUCCCAACCAGUUAAGGUCUAAGGUAUGGGAGAAGUUGUUUUUGCUCAACACCAACGAAAUCCCCCAGGCAUCCAUGUUGGUAUACAACAACUUCCAGCACUCAUACAAUUCGGAAAUCUCCGACCAAAUAAGCAAGGAUUUGAACAGAACCUUUCCAACAGUUAACUUUUUCAAGAAGGAGGAUACUAUCCAGAACUUGUCCACAAUUCUCAAUGUUUACGCUAACUACGAUGCCGAGUUGGGUUACUGUCAGGGUCUCUUAUUCUUGGUAGGUGUCUUGUACUACCACUUCCACGGCAACAGUGAAUUGACAUUCCAUUGUUUGAUCACAAUCAUGGAAUCUGAAGUUGAACUCCAUGAUAUCUUCACCGCUCCAACCAUGUCAGACACUUUGAACUUGUGGCACAAUGAAUUUUUGGACGUGUUAAAGGCCACUGACAAAGAAUUGCAUGAUCACUUGACUUCCUUCGUAGAAUUGCAAGUUUUCCUUUACCAAUGGUGGUUGUCAUUUAUGUCAAGUCACUCACCUGACUUGUCCAUUGUUAACAGAGUAAUGGACUUCUGCAUUAUUCAAGGCUGGAAGACAGGUUUGUUCAAGAUUUCCUUGGGUUUAUUGGUCAUUAACAAGCCGAUCAUCAUGAGUCUUGACAAGGGUGACGAAGAGGUCAUCUACCAGCAUUUAUUGAAUGAAUCAAAGUGGGGUAAUGUUAUCAACGACCUUGAUUUGUUCUUCGGUGAUUUGUUAUUGAAGUGGGAUGAAUCCUUAUUUAUCAAUGAAUAUCAAGCACCUGUUCCACAAUCUGCACACCAAUCGAACGAAGAAAAGAGUUCAUCCUUAGUGGGAAGGAUUUUCUCGCAUUCUAGAACCGGUCAAAACUCCAACAAUCACAAUAACGAGUUGGAGUCUAUCUACUCCGAUAUAAGUGAGGUCAGUAGCAAUGAGCCAGGGAAGUCGUUCGCCGACUACUUGAAGUUGCCAUACUUGACGAAGAGAAUGUCCGAUGAAACCAAUGAUACCCACUUGACAACCUCCAACCAAUUAAUGGUCGAAAACCACACUUUGAAGGCGUUGUUGAAGAAAGCUUACACAAUGAUCGACCAAGACCUGUUGGAGGCCGCCACCUUGAAGAAUGAAAUCUCUAAAAUCGUUGAUGUUGCACAAUGUUGAUCGUAAGGUAAUAGAGCUUCGUAUAUAGAGAUAAUGU